AUAUUUAUUCACUUCCCCAAUGCUUGCUGGCAACCGCAAAACCCAAACCCUGGUCUCAUGGGAUGAUGCUGCUUUUAUAAUACCUCAAUAACCACUAAAUUCCCGGCUCCUGAUUCUUCGUCUUCUUUCUUCCUCUUCUUCUAUCAAUCGCACCGGCCGCCGGACCCAAAAAUGGACACCGAGAAAGCGCGUAAUCCCGGUCGCGGUAGGUGGACGAACGAGAGGCACAUGCACUACUUGAGCUCUAUGGAGGCUUCCUUCGUCCAGACCAUGUUCGAAACCACUGAUCGUCUUCUCCGGCUCGACCGUCACGUGCCGGACAGUUCUGAGUCGACUCUGGACUUGAUGAAGGAUAGAGGAACGCACCGAUAUUUUCCCUCUGCAGAUAUUAGAGGGGAACGAAAAAGGACUGACAAGAAAACGAGAAGACCUUCCUCUCGGUCGUCCUCUUCAUCACAAGAUCAGGUGGUUCCGCAGCUUUUAAUCGGAGAAUGUGACAAGGAUGCUAGAGCUCGGCCUAAUGUUCCGGCAGGCACCAUGGAUGCACCAGUUUGAAUUGAAUGUAUUUUCAUUUCGAGAAAGAAGCAUCUGUUGAUCGCUUGUGAUUGUCGUGAUAUUGCAGUUAAGGUGUAGGUCAUUUGUGACUAUAUAUUCAUAUGAUUGCAUUUUCGUUUCUA